UUGUGUUUGAAACAGCACGUUUCAUACGACAAGAAUCGAUGAAUUUAACAAAUAUUUUUUUCUCUUUCAGAUCGGGCACCGACCGAUGGCGUUUUGGUAGUAAAUACACUCCGUCGAAAAUCUUAAACAAAUACUGCGAAGUAUUUGACAUUGAGCCAAAUUUUCCUGAAGAAAACCGAGGAAAGAAAGUAACUCUAAUACGUAGCGAAUUUGAUAAACGUCACUUUAGAAUUUCAGACUUUGGUGAGUUUGUUUUCGCCAAGUAUUUUUUUUUAAUAAUAUCUAGGUGGCAAUUUAGAAAAACGUACACCUAUAUAUAUAUGAGCUUUUCAAAGAUUUUAAAAUGCGCUCGUUAUAAAAUAUUAUGAAAAUGAGGAAAAUAUUGAUGGUUUUUAAAUGCUUGCGAACCUCAAUAUACGAACAAAAGUUCACAAUGUAUUUAUACGCUUUCCAGCGAUACACAUAAACAACUUAAAUAUUCAAAGAGUAAAAACAGAGUUGAGCUGAAACACAUUACUAUAGAUUAAAUUUUAACUUAAAGAACUUCUUUCCGAGCGUAAAUGAUACAGUUGAACACCUUGAAUACGUUUCUUGCACCGGCUGUAAACAUAUUGCACUUGUUACGCCUAAAAUAUAAAUUAAAUCCUACAAAUGAUAAUCCGUAAAAUUAUUAGCUGGGGAAAAAUGGUAUUGAAACUGUUUACGACUUUUUAUUCGACGUCAAUUUCUGUCUUCUUGCCUUCGCUAUUCAGGCGUAAAAAAAUACCUGUGGUUCCGGUUUCAUAUCGUGAAAAAAUUAGGGUCGGUAGGUCGGAAAUGAUUUUUUUAAAAUUUUUUUCAUGGUUUUGGCGGGUUUUUGCUGGGCGAUUUGCAAUAGAGUCCUGACAUCAAUGUUAACUAGAGAUGCGUAUUUCCUAUGGACGAAUUUAGGCAAUUUGGUUCAAUAAUUAGUGUGACAACAGACGCCAUUUUAGUGACACACUGUAUGAGCAGCCUGCAACCACCUGGAGAAAAUAGGGUCGCACGGUCAAUCGCGUUGAAAAAAUAAUAGGGUCGGCAGAAAAAAAUAGGGUCGGUCGGGAACCCCAACCAUACAGGUAUUGCUUUUUGCGCCUAAAGCCUAGUUCUCAUUCAUCGCAAACUGUCACCGACGAUCGGCGACGCUUAUCGCCGAUACUCGCCGAGCGCGAAUGCACGAAAGUUCUCAUACAUCGGUGAUCGUUGCAGGUGACAGCCGAUGUGUUUCGAAGUUUCCCACCAAGGCACAAAAUGGCCCCAUUCAACGUAAAAUUCAUGAUUUUUGUCAAACUUCAGUUGAUUAUUUCCUUGCUUGUUGAGGAAAAAACAACUUUUACUCAUUUCUCAUAGGUUUUUCAAGCAGGUGGCAGUCGGCGAUGCUCACAAGAAACAAACAUUUUUGUUUCCUGCGAUGUCAUCGCCGAUGGUCGGCGACGAUUACGGACAAUCGGCGAUAUAAUUUUUGAUGUGUUCUCAUAAAUGGCAAGCGGUCGCCGACGUCGCAAAGCUCCCAUCGCCGACGGUUUUCGAUGAAUGAGAACUAGGCUUAAACACUCCAUUUUGUUUUAGAGAACUCAGAAACCGACCUGACACACGCCGGAGGGAAUAAGGAGCGUCUUUCAUUGCAUGUUCUGAAUCAUCUCAAGGUACGACAUGAAAUUUUUUAUUUUCUUAAUUGCUUUUUAUUAAUUAUAUUUUUUUACGUGCGCUAUACCCUGCAUUAAAGUGUAUAUGACAUGAAAUUUUUUAUUUUCUUAAAUGAAAGAACUCUUGAAAUUGUAGUGUAACUUAUUUUUCAGUUUCUUGUUUUUAUGGUUUGUUCCCGAAAUAUUUCAAUUUGUUUGAUAUGUAAAUGAGUGUGAAUAUGUCUGCUAAUUUAUGAUGUCAUGUUGGUUGCAAGCUCUUCAAAAUAAUGGUUGAAUAUCACUGCUAUCAUCCAAGAUGAUAAUUUCAGACUUCACUCACUGGUAAAUGUGAUGAAACACUGGAGAAAAACGUAAACUGAUAUCAACAGUUUUUAGAGUUAAUACAUUUAAAACCAGUUUAAGUUGAGCUCGCAACCAACAUGACGUCGUAAAUUAGCGGACAUAUUCACACUCAUUUACAUAUCAAAAAAUUGAAAUAUCUCGUGAACAAACCAUAAAAACAAGAAACUGAAAAAUAAGUUACACACUACAACUUAAAGAGUUCUUUCAUUUAAGAAAAUAAAAAUUUUUCAUGUCAUAUGCACUUUAAGCUAGCUUACAAUGAUUUAUUAUAUGGACAAUGGUGUUUCACUGGAAACUAAAACACUCGUAGAACUCAUACGUCACUACAUCCGGGACCAGGUGCGUGUAUUUUCCGUAUUUCACCCCUCCUAGUGACAGACGAAGUUCGAAAAUUUCCCGCCAUUUUUAUUGUUGUUGUUUUGAAAAUACAACUGGUCUUUGGUUCGUAUUUAAAACGAUAUUAACGUUGUAAAUAAAACGAAAACAUUUAAAGGACAUCUUGAGAUAAGUAAAAUUUAUUCUAGUUUUAUGUUUGCACUAUAAUUUUAAAAAAUAUAUCGCUUUUACACUGGUCUUUCGCGUGCUUAUUUACAUGUCGUCUUUGUCUGUAUUUUUGUCACUCUGAAUAAGUCCAUAUAAUAAACAGAAUAUACAGGUGAAUAUAACAAAAUAGAAAUUUGCAAAAUGGCGGCUAACCGUUUUGUGGAAGUUUAAAAAGCGAAAUUAAAAUAAAUUCAGUCUCAAAAAACACAAAAGCUUUUGUAAAAAUACUAAAACAAUUGUUCGCCUCAGGCUCAGGCUCGGUGAUCAUCGGGGAAUAUUCACCUCGACUUCGUCUCAGCGAAUAUUCCCCGAUAAUCACCUCGCCUUCGGCGAAUAAUUGUUAAAUAUUAGACGUGAUGGUUUUUGACUUGACAUUUUUUUGCAUCAAGCAUGGUUGGUCUGGUUUGAAGGUUUUUUGACCAGCUAUUAAAUUCAGUGUUGCUUCGUGUUGUAAAAUUUAUGUGCUGAUGCAAAGUGCAAAAGAAGGUGUUGACUGAAUUUUAAAAAUAUUGUUUUUAGGGCGAUCAUAAAAUGGUUCCAGAACAUGUCGAGACACGGGAUUUGACGAACAAACUAUUUCCUGGUUUUUCGCAGGUACACGAAUCCUCCAAAUCGAUAUUGUCUCCUCUUAUAUGUGUAGUGCUUGUUGACUAAGCUUGUUCGAUUCAGACAGGAGGAUAGUAGGCUCGUUCCAACGCAAAUUUCCACUAUUUUAGCACAUUUAGAAAAACAAGAAAUACAAAAUAGAAAAACACACACAAGAAUGUACCCUAACCCGAGAAAUCUACCCUUCUUAGGUAUAACCAUGAUUUUACCAGGAGCAAAUAAAUGCAUACAUGCCGAAUUGGUUUAUUCUAUUGUUCGACUUUUCAAUUAUAUUGUUCUAUGUUCUGUAUCAGUCAUUCUAAUAUGUGCAAAAAAUUCUUUUCUCAAAUGAACGUUGGGCGAAAUUGGUUCCGGACAUAGAUUUGUGUACGAGGUGUCUAUUAAAGUAAUUCCGCAGUUUUGCAUUGCGCACUUUUACUGCGCACAUCUUAUAAAUUAUAAUUUCAUUCAUUAUACGAACCGUUUAAAAAAAAUCAUUUUAUGACAAUUUUAUGUUAUUUCAAAACAUCUUUGGUUACAUUCGUGCAAGGAAUUACGUUAAAAUCAAUGUUUUCAAAAAGGUAUACAAAAGUGUAGCUAGGGUUCCCUGUGUCUGUAGUAUUUUUAUUUACUUGUAUUUCACGUUUUAAUGCCACAAUUCCCUAAAAGAUCGGUGGCCCCUGUUUUUUAAUUGGUAAUUUAUUUCUUUAAUGCAUUUUACAUUUCAUAUCAAAAAUUAAAAGAAAAAUCAUUUCUGGAUCUUGAAAAAAAAUCCCUUAUCAAUGCAUGUUCUCAAAGAAAGAUAUGUAAAGAAAUGUAGAAAAGACAUUUGUGGAUCAGAAUUGUACACGUUAGUAGUUUCAUUUUGCUCAAAACACAAUAUUUUUUCAAUAUUUUUGCUGUUACUCGUAAUGAGCGUCAAGAUGGCGCCAUAUUGGAGUAAAGGUGGUAUAUUGUGAUUGUCAUAUCUUCUUAACGAGUUUGGUGACCCCGACUUUUUUGUGUGAUUUUACUUUAAGUAUAUCAUAAACUCCAUGCCUGGGAAGUUUCAGCACAUUCUCAUUUCGGGAACAAUUAAUGCGGAAUUACCUUAAAGCUGUUUCUAAGAUCCUCGGUAAUUUAGUUUGCCUUACAUUCUUGGUGGUUCUUCCAAAGUCCGAACGGUCAGUUCGUCUGCACACAUAGCCGUAGGGCAUCUUCUGGAAUUCUCGAGGUGUUUCGUAAUACAAACACGGCAUGCAUAAACAAUGAUGGUUUCUCGGACACAGGACGGGCUCUCUUAAAACGUUGAAGCAAAGUAAAACAGAGGAAAUUUCGAUUGACUGUGGUCGCAAAUCUCUCCUCAUCAAAGCCCUGUAUGUACAAAGUCCUAUUUCACGCCAUUCUUGUUUCGUAAUCACAAAGCAAGUUCUGUGUUGAUGUUAGUCGCUCUGUAGUAUAAACCUUGCUAGGCUAUAUAGACUGAAUAUAGAUACAGUGUUCGUUCUUCGAGAAAGUUUGUGUUAGUAUUUGCUUGAAAUCUUUAACAAAAUGAUGAGUUUAAAGCAGCAGAUAAAUAUCACUUCCGCAUAAAGUGUUCAAACUAGACAGGAAUUUGCUGGCUAUAUUUCACGCGACAGGGAGGCCUAUCUUUGCUAUAUACUAUGUCUAUGGAUGUAAAAGUUACUGAUCGUGUGUCAGCUGAGCAUAAUCUAUCAUAUUUGACUCAAAUUUUAUGACAAAAGCUUGAAUUUGAAAAAAAUGUUUUCAGAGUGGAAGACCAUCUUAUAUUGUCUGCUCCCGCGAAAAUUCGGUUUAUUUUCCCCUAUACUGAGAUUCUUUGAUGUUUUGUUUCAUAUAUACUGAGAUUCGAGGGGAAACAAAACUGACUAUUUCCCGAGAACAACUGGCCCCAGAGAACAACCUUAAUUGAAUUGGCUGCAUUUGUUACAACGUUACUACAUUGUGUUUGCCAUAGGGAAAACUAGAGAUGUUCAUUGAUAUCUUUCCGGAAAUGUAUGGAAAACCUGGCCCUCCAAUUGAUAUAACGCCUCGUAAACCUAAACAGUAAGUGCAUUUCGACGAAAUGGUGAAAGAAAUUCCGCACAAGAAAACUCCACACUUCUGUUUAUAAUGGCCGGGCUAUACCUUUAAUUUGCCCAGGCGUAGGGUACUAAUGGGGAGUGUAAGCUUCACGUUUGCGGGAAGGCAUAAGAGAGUUUUAGAUUGACGUAUUUUCGCAUUUCCCGCUAACCGCAAACGGCUAAAAAUCACGUGACAGCUAUCUUCCCGUCAGGUUACACGUUCGAAGUAGACGUUUCAACGCGAGGGAGCCUGUUUUCAGGUAGGUAGAUUCCCUCAAGGCUUUCAUGCAUUUUUGUUCCUUUUCUCGCGUAUAAACAUGGCACUUAUGUUUAUUACACUAUGACGUUCUUUCUUGCAUAAAAUAAGGAUAUAAAACUACUAUCUUCGACUGAAAUAGUUGUAUCGAAUUCAGUCGAUGUCAAUGAAAAAAAUGGCGGGUAAAUGCAUAGCCCAAAUACAUAGCUGAUUUACAUUGUUUUUGUCGUUAUUUGUUUUUCUCAUAAUUUUGAGAUCUAAAGUUUUACUUUUAGGCUAAUUUUGUUGCGAAUUUUAUAUAAAAUAUGUUUGUGUCUAAUACAGAACUUGGAAAAAUAUCAUGACCACGAAACCCUUUCGUUGGCCAAGCAUACAACAUGAUUUUGCAUUGGCCAAGGAGGUUGCAAGCUGCCGAACACAAAAGCCAAUAGAUUGGGAUGCUAUUGCCCACCGAUUAAGUUCACAUUUUGGAAGUUAAAACCUUAGGCCUAAAUCUAAAUCGUUUUUAAAAUCCGAACUGCAAACUUGUAACGGGUACGUCGACUACCGGUUUGCGGUUUGCCGUAGUAAUGAUGAACGUCAAUCUAAAACUCUCUGUAGUCGAAUUUUGUUGGCAGAAAUUUUGCUUGACUUCUUCGACAUCACGUUCGCAAUACAGAUUUCAGUAAUAUUGACGCAUGCGCAGACGUUUUUCCGCGGUGUUGACCUAACUAGGAGCAGUUGCAAAAAAUGCAACUCUGACAGGAAUUGAACUUGCAGCCCUGCUAUACCGGUACAGCGCUCUGACCAACUGAGCUACGGACUCCAGUUGCCGAGCUCUAACCCCAUGUUCAUGUAUAUAGACACUAAGAUGAUGUCAAUGUAAGGUGCAUGUAUGCCCAAAAUCCUGACAUUCAAUACAGAUAAUGCAUUUGUCCUUCGUUUUUAAGGUAGCUAUACAAAUACACCGCAACAUUUCCGGCCAAUUUUCUAACAACCUUCACACAAUUUUUGCCACCGACAUAAAACGUUUUUCAAUAUCUUAAUUUUUCAGGUACGAGCUUCGUGUUAUUGUGUGGAACACGAAAGACGUUGAACCUCAGGAAAAGAAUAUUUAUGGCGAUGAAAUGAGUGAUAUUUUUGUUAAAUGGUAACUAUCAUAGAGAUUAUACAAGGGGGCAUGCAUUGCGGACCAAAUUCACGCAAAAGAAAAGGAAAAAUUUGAAUGCCAGAUUCGAUCUCGUAUGUAAGUUUCGGUCGUCGGAACUGCGCAUAUCCCAGCGGGCAAAAUGACGUUUAUCCAACGUUGAAUCAACGUUAGAAAUGACCUUCCAGACGUUGGAUAGACGUUGAAAAAGGGUUGCCUAUGCAAAUUGGAUCGACGUUACUGUUUCGACGUUGAAAUAACGUUGAAAUUAGGUUGCCAAUCUCGUCAACCAUAAUUCAACGUUGAAUCCACGUUAAAACAACGUUGAGAUUGGUUCACAAAAAGACGUCGUACAUUUAACCAUGAAUUCAACGUCUGUUGGCUGCUGUUGAACUAAUGUUUGUAAAACAACGUCAGAGCAACGUGGAUAUUAGGUUGUCGACGUCGCAACCUUUUUUCUACCAAAUUUCAACGUUGAAACAACGUCGUGUGCCCGGUGGGAUACAGGUAGCUAGAUUAUGGAGCAUUGGGUGUAUAAGUCAUAAUUAAUGUGGGUCAGCGUUAUUUCUUUACAUUUUGUUAAGUAUCUCAAUUUCGAUUACGUUUUGGCAAGACAAUCGCAAUUUUUAGUGUAUAUUACACUAUAAUAUAAUAUAAGUGGAAGAAGAAGCGUCUUUCGUAUUCUCCCAACAUUCCCCUCGUGCUUUAUUAUACACCAUAAACGCAUGCGGCUCGUUUUCUAAUUCUAGCUUAACUGCAUUUGUUUGUUGGAAAUUCUGAAGUCUAGCGUACGUACUUCCGGCUUCAGAUCAAUCUCCAAAAAGUUUGUUUACCUGAUACUCUAAUUUUGGUUUUGGAUGACGCAAUUUUUUUAAAGCAACUUUUCAGAGAUUGGGCAUCUUUCCAUCGUUGUUUUGAAUAUUGUGCAAAUGAAAGUAAAUGGCUCCUUUCCAAACUACAUCUAGCGAAGCAAUUCGUCUUCAUUAGUAUACAGCGUAGUUCGUCUCCUAUAUAUCGUGCGUUUAGAACUUACUGAUCACCCCAAAACAACAAUCUACCAUAGAUAAUUAUAUUGUAUGCAUUGAAGAAGCGCUCAUAUAAACCUUAUCCUGUUUUUACAGUAGAAUGACAGGUAUUGAUGAUGUUCAAAAAACAGACACACAUUUUAGGUAAGUUGCGAAUCUUAGAGCUGCUAUUAACAUCUCAGUUCAAGGAAUAUGGAAAUAUAAAAUUAGUUUAUUUCAUUUGAGAGCACU